AUGACAAGCUAUUGUGAACUAAAGCACUGUAAUAAAGUUAUGAAUUUGGAUGAAUUAGAAAAUGGAAAGGUCAAGACUUUGAUGCCAGAAACAGUUAUUUCUAAAAAGGAACGUGAGGAGAGAGCAUAUAAACAUCUUACUUUGAUAAGGCUGCGUUCUAUGUACAACAACAGUAGAAGAGAGGCUGAUGAAGGGACAGAGUUCUCAAUAAAUCCUGAUCCAGUACCAUACCAACCUAACAAUUUCAUUGCCGGGAGAAGUAGUCGACUUGAUGGUGCUGAAUCAACUGUACCUCCGUCAUCGACAAUGAUGAAGAAGGUUCCGGUGGCACGGCGUCAUUUUGACACUUUUGGCACUAUAGACUGGAUGUCCGGUAUACCUAAACGUGGUAUGAUGCUUCAUACAGAUCGGUACAACUGGGAUCUUGCCAAGGCUUUAGACGGGAUGAGUCAGAGGGGAGGUUAA